CUGCGGCGGUCGGUUGGGGGAAUCUCGCGUUCCGGUUUCCGCCCCGCUCCGCUAGCCUGCCGACGGUGCCUGUCGAAGUUAGCGGGCGACGCGAGGCUGUGAGGAUUCUAACAUCUAAAGAGAACUAUUUGGAAAGAACAAGUCUACUUCAAUAAAUGAAGGAGAACAAAGAAAACUCAAGCCCUUCAGUAACGUCAGCAAACCUGGACCACACAAAACCAUGUUGGUACUGGGAUAAGAAAGACUUGGCUCACACGCCUUCACAGCUCGAAGGACUCGAUCCAGCCACAGAGGCCCGGUACCGCCGAGAGGGUGCACGGUUCAUCUUCGAUGUGGGCACACGCUUGGGACUACACUAUGACACCCUGGCAACUGGAAUAAUUUAUUUUCAUCGCUUCUACAUGUUUCAUUCCUUCAAGCAAUUCCCAAGAUAUGUGACAGGAGCUUGUUGUCUCUUUUUGGCUGGGAAAGUGGAAGAAACUCCAAAAAAAUGUAAAGAUAUCAUCAAAACAGCUCGUAGUUUAUUAAAUGAUGUACAAUUUGGCCAGUUUGGAGAUGACCCAAAGGAAGAAGUAAUGGUUCUAGAGAGAAUCUUACUACAAACUAUAAAGUUUGAUUUACAGGUAGAACAUCCAUACCAGUUCCUACUCAAAUAUGCAAAACAACUCAAAGGUGAUAAAAACAAAAUUCAAAAGUUGGUUCAGAUGGCAUGGACCUUUGUAAAUGACAGUCUCUGCACCACCUUGUCACUGCAGUGGGAACCGGAGAUCAUAGCAGUGGCAGUCAUGUAUCUCGCAGGACGUUUGUGCAAGUUUGAAAUACAAGAGUGGACCUCCAAACCCAUGUAUAGGAGAUGGUGGGAGCAGUUCGUUCAGGACGUCCCUGUUGAUGUUUUGGAAGACAUCUGCCACCAGAUCCUAGAUCUCUACUCACAAGGAAAACAACAGAUGCCUCAUCAUACCCCUCAUCAGCUGCAGCAGCCCCCAUCUCUCCAGCCUACACCACAAGUGCCACAAGUGCAGCAGUCACAGCCAUCUCAGGGCCCCGAGCCGGCCCAGCCCCAGCAGAAGGACUCGCAGCAGUCAGCCCAGCCGCAGCAGCCGCCGCCACCACAAGUCCAGCAGCCCAAGAAGCUGUCUCCACAGCCCAGCCCUCCCCGCCAAGCGAAGCGCGCCGUGGUCGUUUCUCCCAAAGAAGAGAGCAAAGCAGCAGAACCACCACCACCUAAAAUCCCGAAAAUUGAGACCAGUCACCCACCACUGCCUCCGGCCCACCCGCCUCCAGAUCGGAAGCCUCCCCUCUCUGCUGCCUUAGGCGAGGCCGAGCCACCUGGCCCAGUGGAUGCCAGCGACCUCCCCAAAGUCCAGAUUCCUCCUCCGGCCCACCCGGCCCCUGUGCACCAGCCACCGCCGCUGCCACACCGGCCCCCGCCCCCGCCCCCCUCCAGCUACAUGACCGGGAUGUCCACCACCAGCUCCUACAUGUCCGGAGAGGGCUACCAGAGCUUGCAGUCCAUGAUGAAGACCGAGGGCCCCUCCUAUGGCGCCAUGCCCCCUGCCUAUGGCCCACCUGCUCACCUUCCCUACCACCCCCACGUCUACCCCCCCCCCCACCCCCGCGCAUGCCCCCCACACAUGCAGUCCCACCUCACCCCCCUCCGGGUCUGGGCCUGCCCCCGGCUAGCUACCCACCUCCCGCUGUGCCCCCAGGAGGACAGCCGCCCGUGCCCCCUCCCAUCCCUCCACCUGGCAUGCCUCCCGUCGGGGGGCUGGGGCGGGCUGCCUGGAUGAGAUAACAGGGCGCCUUUCGUGCUCUCGUUUUGUAACAGGCUUUCCUAAUCAGCCUGGGUAGUUACAUGGAGAAGCCGCAGGGUACCUUGUACAGUGCUAGACAGUUGCAGGAUGGGAAGAAGGGACUGGACCCUGGCCUGAGUCGGCGUGGUCCUCACGCCGAGGGUGGGACCGCAGCAUCAGUGCCCCGGGCCUCACCGUGCAGUUGUUUACAGUUUCCGCUCGCGUCUGAGAGUCCUGCACUGGGUUAUUUUGUACUAGUGAAAUGCUAACCAGCCAUAUUGGCUCAGUAAAUAGCUUCAGUAAGGAGUGAAUUUCCUUCUAGAAAUCAGUCAGUGCCUAUUCUUCCUGGAAACUCGAUUUUAAAUAGUCCAGUUCCAUCUGAAGUCCGGCUGUCGUCGCCGUUCCAGUCAGUGAUUCCCUGUGACACCCAGUAGUCAGGUGAACCCCCUUUUUCAUUUGCAGGUAUUUGCGUCCUUUGUAUUAAAAUUAUUUGAAGGGG